CAAGGGCUGGACCCUCGCACAGUUGAUCAAAAAAUCGCCCAAUUUUCGUUCGGUAGACAGGGUCCGUUUUGACGAUCCGAUGCUGAUGCAGACAAUUCGGAUACACGAAGAUUCUGGUGCCCCCUUAAUCAUUGAAGGAUUUCAUGAGCACAACAGCUGGCCUGCCGAUCUGUUCACCUUGGAUUGGCUUAAUGUGCAUGGGAAACCAGGGGCGUCCGCACGUAACGUGCGCACCUGGGCUGACUUCGACCUGCCCCUUUCCGAGCUCAUCCAUAAACUUCGUGCGACCCCAGUAUACGCUAACGAAAAUGAAACCUGAGCGACUUUAUGGCAAAGAUGCGGAAUGUCCUCAUGAGUGGGCAACUUGGCUAUCAACGGCUAGCGUCCUUCCAAGUGAUCUUCUGCCUCACGGAACCAAUGAUUACCUAAAGUACCUUUCGAGCGAUGUACAGACUUUGAUGUGCUACCUCGGAGUAGGGGACACGUUUACUCCUUUCCACAAGGAUCUAUGUGCAUCUUCUGGCCAAAAUCUUAUGUGUUAUACCGAGAAUGGCGGGUCGUCUUUCUGGUUCAUGACAGAGAGUUCAGCUGCACCAGCCAUGGCUGAAUUUUUCCAGAAGAUGAAUGAAGAAUUAGAUUUUGAGACACAUGUCGUGACCCUGAAAGAGUUGGGGCAGUCAAGACUUAAAAUCUACAUCGCGGAACAAACCCUCGGCGAUUUAGUACUUGUUCCCCCAAGAAGCUGUCACCAAGUCAUCAACAAUGGUGGCAUCACAAUGAAAACAUCCUGGUCACGUAUGACUCUCAAGGGGUUGUCGAAUUCUCUCUAUCAUGAACUUCCUGUAUACCAUCGCGUAUGCCGACCGGAGACAUACAAGGUCAAGUUGAAUAUAUAUCGCGCUCUUCACCGUCAGACACAGAUUCUUCGGAAACUUCAAGAACAGCAGACAAGUUCUCCUCACUUUGACCGGUCAUUGCCCACUGUAAACUCGGACCUUGAGCGAGUCGCUGAUGAUCUUCAUCACUUACUUGAGUUGCUUGAUGAUGUCCUCGGGGAAGAAUACUCACCAAAGCAUCAAGAUAUGCCGCAUGUUUCGCAAUCCGAUAUCUGCCAUCAAAGCAACAUCUGUUGCGACUUCUGCGGCGCGGAUAUCUUCCAGAGUUUCUUUGAGUGCUUGCCCUGCGCUCUUCAUUCACCUGGGACCAAUGACGAGAUGAAGAUCGGAGAUGGUAUCGUGGUUUGUCCGCUUUGUUAUGUCGAGGGUCGUGGCUGCAAAUGCGGGACUAUGAAUCCAAUUCAAUGCCGGCCUUUUGGCGAUCUGCUGAGAGUCCGCGAUGAGGCCCUACGUGCCAUUCGAGCGGUAUGUCCUGAUGUCGUGAAGGACCACGAGUAUCUACUGGGGCAUUCAAAUUCUAUCAUAUCAGCACGUCAUGUUGGCGUCUUCGUAGCUGCCUGCGUUUUGUACGAACGGCGACAGAUGACAUCUCGUAUGGAAGAGCCAAUGCGGGUGUGCUUGUCAAAGCAUGAAGUUCUUCAAAGUGCGAUAAUCUACUGCCCACCCUGCCAUGUCGGACGAUGCACGACGCAUAUAUUGGAGGGCUACCAUAUACAUUCUGCACCGGCACUCUUGAUGUCAAAUGACGUAAAAGUGUGGCAUAGCUACCACAAGGAAUCCAAGGCAGCAUUCAGGGAGGGAUUUGCACGUAUUCAGCGCGACGAAGAGACUGGCACACGUCCAGAUUUUCGCUUGAAGUUGGCAUGCGUCGCAUCAAAAUUUCGUACUUGCAAGUCUGUCAACCCGAACGCGACUACGCCGGGGUGGUACGAUAAAUGCAUAGAGCUAACUAGCGCGUCUGUGAGAGGUCCCCUAUUUUCAUUGUUUCCGCGCAACAGCUAACACAUUGACAAGGUUGCAUCAUCCCCAUUGAAGCAGGCGACUAAUAAUUCUAGUUUCGAGGCAACGUUCACUAGACCCGAGAAGCCUUCUUUGUCUACGGCAUCGCUUUUCCGUAAGUCUG